AUGCAAUCCAAGGUACCACCUCCAUUUUCCAGCAAUAAUUUUAUGACUCAGAGUGGAAUGAUGGGUCAACAAAUACCUCCUCCAUAUUCUCAAGUUCCAACAUAUCCAUCACAAUUUGCACAGCCACAACAAAUACCACAACAAGUGACAUCUACUCUUCCACAACUUCAACAACCAAAAUUCUUUUAUGAAAAAGGAGAAAUAGAUAUUGCCAAUGAUUCGAAUUUAAUUGUGAAAAAAUCAGCAGAAUCUUACUCGAGUGUGUUCAUGAAUGCUCGGCUUGUAGAAACUCCAUCAACGAUUUAUGCAUGGAAAAUCAAAGUUGUGACACUGGAUUCAUGGAUUGGUGUUGGUGUCACAAGCGACAGUGUUGUACAAGGCAGAAAACAUGCAUUCUCUCCUUAUGAUGAGCACGGUAGCCACUUGUUGUCAGGAAAUGGAUAUAUUUGGAGCGAAUUCAUUGAAGGAUCUAACAAAUACAAGCAUGUACAAGGCUCCAGUUUUGAGUCAGGAGACAUUUUGAUAUUUGAGCUGAAUUGUGACAAAAAAGAGCUCUCAAUUUACAAUAACAAGAAUGUCAAGAAAGCAAGAUUGACAGAUGUCAAGUUUCCUGUGUAUCCAUCUGUCAUGAUGCACGGAAAAGAAUCGGUUGAAUUUUUGGGAUUUAUUGAGAGAAAUCAAAUGCCUUCUGCAAACACUUCACCCAAUUCUCAAUUUUUUGAAGAAUUUUUGUAUCUGAAUUAUCAUAUUAAUGAGCCUGAGCCAAAGCGUUUUGUUAAAAAGACAGAGGCUUCUUAUACAACCAUAUUCGCCAACACUCCAUUGGGAGAUGAAAAACAUUAUGGAAUAUUCAGAUGGAAGGUGCACAUUCAUACCAUCAACUCCUGGGUUGGAGUUGGCGUAACAGGAGAAAGCAUUGUGAAAGAUCGUUUCCAUGAAUUUUCUCCAUUUGAUAAUCAUGGAAGUUAUUUACUAUCACAGAAUGGUUAUGCUUGGAAUUUAUUUAUUGAAGGAUCCACAAAAUAUAAAUCGAUUGGAUCCAAAUUCUACACUGGAGAUGUGUUGACAUUUGAACUAAAUUGUUUCACAAAGGAAUUGAGUAUUUUCAAAGAAGAUGUGAAAAUGACCACUUUUUCUGAUUUACAAUUGCCAGUUUAUCCAUCAGUGGUGUUGCAUGGUUUAGAAGAGGUAGAAUUUUCGAAUUUUGAGCUAGCAAGUCUAACAAACAAACCAACAUCUUAUGACAAUGCUGUGUAUUAUAGAGCUCCAAAGUAUCUCGUACAACCAAACGUUUUUGAUGUUUCGAACUCAAAUAUUUUGAGGAAAGCAGUUGUAGGCUCUUACUCGACCGUAUUUGUGAAUCUAUUAAUUGGUCAGCAUCAAAAACUUUUCAGAUGGAAAAUCAAAGUAAUUUCAAUCAACUCAUGGCUUGGUGUUGGUGUUACAGGCUCUGGAAUUGUCGAUCAACACAAGUUCACGCUCUCACCUUAUGACCAACAUGAAAGCUAUUUACUGUCACAUAAUGGAUAUGUAUGGGAUCAAUACAUGGAAGGUACCAACAAAUACAAACAAGUGGAAGGAUCUAGUUUUGCUGUUGGAGAUACCAUUAUUGUGGAAUUGAAUGGUGUCACAAAAGAAAUUUCAUUCUACAAGAACAACAUUACGAAAAAACUAGCCACAUUGACAAAUGUAAAAUUUCCUGUUUAUCCAGCAAUUAUGUGCCACGGAACAGAAUCUGUUGAAUACUCGGAUUUUUCAGAGAACAGUACAUUGGUGAGAAGCCCUUUCAAAGCUCCAGAAUUUGUAUAUGAGGCAUCACACAUUCAAAUCGUAGAUAAUAAGAUUAAGAAAACCUCUGCCUCCACUUAUACUACUGUAUUUGUAAACACUCCAUUAGGUACUACUUACAACAGUGGUAUUAUCAAAUGGAAAGUUAAAAUUAUCUCCCUCAAUUCAUGGAUUGGAUUGGGAGUCACCAUGAGAGAUGUUGCAGAUGAUCGCAAGUUCAGUUUAUCCCCCUAUGAUUCUCAUGGAAGUUAUUUGUUAUCAGGAAACGGAUAUAUUUGGAAUCAGUUCAUGGAAGGAACCAACAAGUAUGAACAAUUGCAAGGAGCAUCUUUUACCAAUGGUGACACCAUUGUGAUUGCAUUGGAUUGUGACGCUCAAGAGCUUACUUUUUACAAGUCAGGAAAAAACAUUGCCAGUUUCUCAAAUGUAAAAAUUCCAGUAUUUCCAUCCUUCAAACUUCACGGAACCGAACAAUUGGAAUUCUCUUGGAGUGAGUGA